CACGCUGGCCUUUUUCUUUUUAUCUUGUAUGUAAUUAGGGAACGCAUGCCCUCGAUGAAAACCUGAUUUUCUCGGAUUGUGUAUGAAAAAUAAUUUCAUGAGAAAACUCUCGAUAGAUAUAUAAUUCAAAAUUUGAUUGUGAAAUCAUAUUAAUAAACAGAAGCUGCAAUGUCAGAGAACGAUCCGGCAAAGAAAGUCGCUGAUAGAUACCUGAAGCGUGAAGUCCUCGGGGAAGGUACUUAUGGAGUUGUCUACAAAGCCAUUGAUACUCAGACUCGACAGACGGUUGCCAUCAAGAAAAUUCGUCUUGGGAAGCAAAAGGAAGGGGUGAAUUUUACAGCCCUUAGAGAGAUUAAACUGCUUAAAGAGCUUAAAGAUCCAAAUAUCAUUGAAUUGACUGAUGCCUUUCCUCACAAGGGGAACUUGCAUCUAGUGUUUGAGUUCAUGGAGACUGAUCUUGAAGCUGUUAUUCGUGACCGGAAUAUAUUUCUUUCUCCUGCUGACACAAAAUCAUACCUUCAGAUGACAUUGAAGGGGCUUGCUUUUUGUCACAAGAAAUGGGUUUUACAUAGGGAUAUGAAGCCAAACAACCUGUUAAUAGGAUCCAAUGGACAGCUCAAGCUUGCUGAUUUUGGUUUAGCACGUAUUUUUGGUAGCCCAGAUCGCAAGUUUACUCAUCAGGUCUUUGCUCGAUGGUAUAGAGCACCAGAGCUGUUGUUUGGCACCAAGCAGUACGGUGCUGGAGUUGAUGUCUGGGCUGCAGCAUGUAUAUUUGCUGAACUUCUCCUGCGACGACCAUUUCUACAGGGGUCAAGCGACAUUGAUCAAUUAGGAAAGAUAUUUGCAGCUUUUGGGACUCCAACAUCUUCUCAAUGGCCUGAUUUAGUAUUUCUUCCUGAUUAUGUGGAAUACCAAUAUGUUCCUGUGCCUCCUUUACGUUCAUUGUUCCCAAUGGCUAGUGAUGAUACUUUAGAUCUGUUAUCGAAGAUGUUUACUUACGACCCCAAAGCUAGAAUUUCGGCACAGCAAGCAUUAGAACACAGGUACUUUUCAUCAGCACCUCUUCCUACAGAUCCAGCUAAGCUCCCAAGACCUGCCCCUAAGAGGGAAUCUGUCAAUUCUAGGGCUUCGGAUUUUAAUCCUCAGGAGGCUCCUACUGUUUUAUCUCCUCCAAGAAAGUCGAGGAGAGUGAUGCCAGAACGUGAGGGGUUUGGUGGGAAUGCAAACCAAGGUGGUAGGAUUGGUGAGGAUGCUGGUGAAGUCAGACAGGUAGCUGGUGGACAUAUAGGCAGGAAUGAUCAUGUGCCUUCGUCAAUUGAUUUUUCCGUCUUUGGUUCAAAACCUCCAAAUAGACCUACAAUUAACAGUGCUGACAGAUCUCAUCUGAAAAGGAAAUUGGAUCUUGAAUUCCAGCAUCCGGAAUAAGUGCAAUACAAGUUGUAUUCAUUCCCUGAUUUGGCAUUUGUACAAGGGUUAUAUAGUUGCUGGGCAUGCAUUUCCAAGGUUUGGGGCUCUAAGAAAUUGUGGAAAAUGGGGUGGGGGCAGGGUGAUCAUUAUUGACGUUUAAAGAGAGAGUUUGUACAAUAGCCCGGUAGCCCUAGAAGGCUAAAUUCUGGAGGCACUUUUUACGGUAUUUGUGCUGGAGAAUAGUUUCAGAUAAUAAUUUAGUUAUAGCAUAAAUUCUGGUGGAAAUCUACCUUAUGUUUUUGUAUGGAAAGACUCAAAAAGCAUCGAUGUCGCAUUGGAAAAAUUUUAGUGGAGACAGUUCACAGCAACAAUAGCAUGCAAUAGUUGCUUAGUUAAAAGCAAUUUGUUGUGGCACUCUAUGCUGUUACUUUUAUAAAGAGAUUACAAAAUAACUUGUAUGGAUAACAGAGCAAAUAAUUUCUGGGUUUCUUAUUUUAUCAUACUA